UGUUACCCGAAUCCACAAACGGUGACGUCAAUUCCUGUCCAAUUGUUGCUGACGUUGUUCCGAGGUCGUUUAUUGACCAGACGGAGAAGGUGACUUCGGGAGCAUUUCGUCCACAUCUAACCCCUUACUAGGCAGGGGUUUAAUAUAUUAUCGAUCAUGUCUUCCUUUGGAAGGGCGUUCGGAGUCCUGCGGGCCGGAACCGGGCUGCUUAGGCAGGGCCCAGGACGGAUAACCAGCAGAAAGGCCAGCGGCGGACCGCACAUUGAGCCGCAGUACAGACAGUAUCCACAGUUAACCAAGAACCAGAAGUUCGAGUCGGAGUUAAUUAGCGGGGCUAUGUGGUUCUGGAUCCUCUGGCACUUCUGGCACGACCCAGAUGCGGUCCUGGGUCACUUCCCAUGGCCUGACUCCUCCGCGUGGACAGACGAGGAGCUCGGCAUCCCGCCGGAUGACGAGCAGUAAGAUGACAACUGAAGCAGUUUUGCGAGAAAUCCUGCAGAUGUCCUGAAGUCGUUGUACAUAUAAUAAAGUUAUCUUUAAGUUACA